GGCGGGCAGGUGGACCGCGGGCAGGAGGCGCUGGCGGGGGGCCGGCCGCCGCGCCACGCCUCGCCGCACCACUCGCUGGCGCUGCCCGCCAUCGGCUUCGGCUCGGUCUACAUGAAGCUGUGGGGCUGCGUGUGCGCCAUGUGCCGCGAGCCGCACCCCACGCUCUCGCAGAUGGCCAAUGACGUCAUCGGCUAUAUAGCCAAUCAGGUGGACAGCGUGGGGCGCGAGGUGGAGCGGCACUCCAGCAGCGGGUCGAGCUCGCUGCCGCCGUCGCCCAACACGCGGCCCGCGCCGCCGCCCCACCCCCACACCCCGCACCUCGGUCACCGUCGCGGCAAGUCGGGUCUGCCGCACACUAUAUCCGAGGACUCAGUGGCGCAUCGAGACCGAGACUCCACUUCCUCAACUUCCAUCGAGUUGGGCAGGCAUAUUGAAAUCAUUAACCGUGUGGUGCCGGUCUAG